UUGAAUUUGGUGAAACUUCUGUCCCUGAUUACACACACUUCCUCAGUACUCGGCCGAAAACGGACUACAGAAAUUAACGCGUGUGUUCUUUCCGUUUUCUCAACUGAAUUAUGUUCCUCUUUUAUGCUGUUUGUCGUUGGGCAUGAUAUUGCAAAAUCACCAAUUGUUUACUGUGAGGUUUUUCAUUUAGAAUUGUACAUCAUUGGUGUUUUUACUGCAGAAUCUGUGCUUCAGAAAUAGGUACCAGGAAGCUAAGAAAGCAUUUCCUACCCCUCUCUGGAAAUGGCAACUUCGCCGAUUUUGAAAUUCUACGAGAAUACCAAUGUAUUUAUCACAGGUGGUACUGGUUUUCUGGGGAAGAUACUCAUAGAAAAACUUAUUAGGAGUACUUCGGUGUCUACAUUGUAUUUAUUAAUAAGGCCCAAGAAAGGUAAAGAUGUUGAGACGAGACUAAAAAAUUUAUUCGAAGAUGUGGUAUUCGAAAAUCUGCAAAAGGAGUGUCCAAAAUUUAUACACAGAAUCGUGGGUGUUAGCGGAGAUGUAUCUCUGCCGGACUUAGGAAUAUCUAAAACAGACAGACAGAUGCUGGUAGAAAAGAUCGACCUAAUUUUCCACGUUGCCGCCACAAUGAGAUUCGACGAAAAUCUUAAACACGCCUACUGCGUCAACGUUAAAGGAGCCCAGGAAGUCCUCAAGCUCGGAAAAGAUAUGAAAAAUCUGAAGAGUUCAAUGCAUGUUUCGACAGCCUUUUCAAAUUGUCAUCGGGAGGAAAUUGAAGAAAGAUUUUACGAUCACCCUCUGCAUUAUGAAAAAAUAGGACAAAUAUUAGAACAAAUGACACCUUCGGAAGCUGAUCAAAAUACAAAAAGUAUCAUAGGACAGUGGCCCAAUACCUACACCUUUACAAAAUCAGUAGCUGAGAUAAUGAUAAAAGAUUCAAGUGGAGCACUACCCAUAGGAAUUUUCAGACCAUCGAUAGUUAUUUCCACCUACAAAGAACCAUUAGAAGGAUGGAUCGACAACUUGUACGGUCCAACUGGCAUAUGCACAGGGGUGGCACUAGGACUAUUGAGAGUGCUUCUCUGUGAUCCUGAAAAAACUGCCGAUUUAGUACCAGGCGAUAUGUGUGUAUCGGCGUUGAUAACUGCAGCGUGGGACACUGCGCAGAAGCAUAAAGGAGAAAGCAACACCAAAGAAAUUCCUAUAUAUAACUACGUCUCGAUGGAUAACAAUAUAACGUGGGGAGAAUACUGUAACAUAAAUUCAAUGUACGGCUACAAAUAUCCCUCGAGCAAAAUUGUAUGGAUACAUAAUCUCUCAUUCACGUGUAAUGUCUACAUAUACUUAAUUUUAAAACUGUUUUACCACCUGAUACCUGCCAUUAUUUUCGACUUGAUCGGUACGUUGUUCUUCAAAAAUUUGGGGAUGUUGAAAAUGUACAAAAAAAUUCAUAAAUUAUCAGAUGUUCUCACAUUUUUCUCACUGCGACAGUGGAAAUUUUCAAAUGAUAAUAUUGUUAAAUUGUGGAACAAACUGGACGACACAGAGAAGAAUUUAUUCUUCUUUGAUAUGAAGUCCCUGGACCUAUGGGCGUAUUACAAGACCUAUGUUCAUGGUAUAAGGAAAUACAUUUUGAAGGACUCCCCUGAUUCAUUAGAAGCAGCAAAGAGUAAACAACGGAUUUUUUACGUUCUCCAUAAUAUCCUACUUGCGUUCCUCUACUUUACGAUGUCAAUUUUUGUUUGGACUAUUUUUAAGAAGUUGAUAAUAGGCCAUCAAGAACCUUGUGUGGAUAUAAAUAAUUCAAUAGCUAUUUAACUAAGAAUCAUCUGGUUGUUAUUGUAUUAUAUUUAUUCUUCGCAUGAAUGUUUAGUUGUGGAUAGUUAGAUUCAGGAGUUACCAAAAGAAGCAUCAUUAUAUAGGUUAAUUUUGUAGUAAAAUAUAUCGUUGUUUUCAA